AUGGUUCGUGAAAUUGCAUAUGGUUAUGUUGAAGCAGUAGAAUGUGCUGGCGAAGAUCUAGCAGCUCGAAUUCAUGUUGCAAUAAACACAUAUCAAGAUCGAUUUUGUAUGGGUACACGAGAUAUUAAUCCAAAUAAUUCUCAACAUUAUACAGAUUCAUAUUCAUGGCAAACAUUCAAAACAAUUGGUGAACGAAUAAUAAAUUUUAGUCAUGGUCUAAGACGUUUGAUUAAACCACGUGAUUAUAUUGGUAUUUGUGCGGCAAAUCGACCUGAAUGGUUAAUAACUGAUUUUGCUUCUAUUUUACAAAGUUUUGUAAGUGUACCCAUCUAUCGUCUUUUCACUGAUCAUGAAAUAAGUUUUAUUAUCAAUAAUACACUCAUAUCCGUCAUGGUUUGUGAUAAAGAAAUGUUACCAAGACUCAUUCAAUUACAUACUGAAUGUCCAUCACUUCGCCAUAUUGUCUGCAUGGAUUCAAUUCCUUUGACGAUGCCGAAAACAAAUGAUCUUUCGAUUCAUGAAAUGAACGCCAUCGAAAGAUAUGGUUCAAUCAAACGACACGAAUAUGUUCAGACUAAACCUGAUGAGUGUAUUACUAUUAUAUAUACAAGUGGCAGUUCAGGAUUUCCUAAAGGUGCUAUGAUUUCUGAAAAAGCAUUUAGAAGUAAUUUUCCACAACCAAAUUUAUCAUUUCGAAAUGAACCAGUAAAACUCUGUUAUCGACCAUUAUCGUGGGCUACUGAUCGUCAGAGUUCUAUUGGAGUAUUUCUUGCAGGUGGGCGUAUUGCAUUUUCAACAGGUGAUGUUACUCAUCUAAUGGAAGAAGUAUCUUUAGUUAGACCAACAAGUUUUUCUGGUCCACCGACUAUUUGGAAUAAAAUCUAUUCCGAAUAUAAAACAACUCUUGCUCUGAUGACGAUAGACCAAUCAAAUGCUGAUAUAAUAGCAACAAUUGAAGAAACUCUUCUCCAACAAUUCGCCAAAUUAAUUCCAAUUCGAUGUAAAUUAAUUGCUGUAGGUGGUUCUAUGAUGAGUCCAGUAGUAUUUGAUUUUAUGAAACGUUGUUUUCGACAUUGUGAAAUAAUGGAAUCAUAUGGAACUACUGAAUCCGGAGGUAUUACAUAUGACAAUCUACUUGAAAUGAAUAUUAAUUAUCGUCUUGAAUCAGUUAUAGAAAUGGGUUAUACACUUGAUGAUAAACCAUUUCCAAGAGGAGAAUUAUUAGUAAAAACAUCUACCAUGUUUUCAGGAUAUAUAAACAAUUCUGAUGAAACGAAAAUGGCUUUAACUGAUAAUGGAUUUUUUCGUACGGGUGAUAUAGUUGAACUACAUUGUAUGGAUGAUGGACAAAUUAAUAUACGUAUUAUUGAUCGAAAGAAAAACUUUUUCAAACUUUCACAAGGACAAUUUGUAUCACCAGAAUUUCUCGAAGGCAUUUACAGACAAAGUCCAUUCGUUGAACAAAUCUAUAUUCAUGGUCAUCCUUUAGAAGAUUCCGUCGUAGCAGUGAUAGUACCAAACAAAGAAUAUACUCGAUUAUUUGAAAUUAAACAUAAUUUAACUGAAUUAAAUGAUACUAUUAUGGAAGAUUUACGAUCAUUAGCUACAAAAGAAUCACUUCGAAAAUAUGAAAUUCCAUCACGAUUAAUUAUCGAUUUUGAACCAUUUACGUCGGCCAAUGGUUUAUUAACAUCAUCCAUGAAACUUUGUCGUUAUCGAUUGGCUGCUCAUUAUAAUGAUCGAUUAAAAAUGACGGAAUCAAUUGAAAAUCGUUUACAAAAUUUAAUUGAAAGAGCAAUAGAACAUCGAUUAUCAAUAGAUCAAACAAUGAACUUGAUAUCGAUCGGUGGUGAUUCUUUAGCUAUGGUACGUCUCUCUCGUAUGAUCUACGAUGAUUUAGGAAUAUCUAUACCAUUAAAUAUACUUUUUCAAUCUAAUAUGACAAUAGAAAAUCUUGCAAAUAUCAUUAAAAAUCCAUCUGAAAUCUGUUCAUUUUCUGAUUCGAUCAUAACACAACUAUUAAAUGAUUCUGCCGAACAAUUCAAUAUAAAGAUUGAUAAACAGGCGAAAACAACGAAUUCACCUUCUGCUAUUUUUAUUACAGGCGCUGCUGGAUUCGUUGGUGGUUUUCUACUAGCUGAAUUAUUAAAAAUAUAUCCUACUGAUUGUCAAUUGAUAUGUCUUGUACGAUGUGAUACUAUGAUAAAUCCAUUGGAUCGUAUUCGAGAAAAUCUGACUUUUCUUCUAUUAUGGAGUAAAGAAUUUGAAGAUCGUAUCGUUGCAUUACGUGGUGAUCUUGCUGAACAAUAUUUUGGACUUGAUUAUGAAAUAUAUUGCAAAUUAGCUAAUCAAAUAGAUAUUAUUUAUCAUUGUGGAGCUUCGGUUAAUUUUAUACUUCCCUACAAUAAACUUUACAAAUCAAAUGUUUAUGGAACUGGUGAAAUAAUUCGUUUUGCAACUUACAAUGAUCGAUGCAUACCAGUACAUUACAUAUCUACUAUGAGUGUAUUACCUUUGGGAAUGAUAGAUGAAAUACAUAUUGAUGAAAUCUCUCCACAUCAUUUAAAAAGUGGUUAUGCACAAAGUAAAUGGGUUGCAGAAAAACUUAUUGCAAAUGCUAAUCGUUCUGGUCUACCAGUAAUUAUCUAUCGACUUGGAUCAAUUUGGGGUGAUACAGAAACUGGUGCUUGUAAUCAAAAUGAUAUAUAUACAUUAUUAUUAGCUGCAAUUAUGAAAAUAGGUUGUUAUCCAACAACAUCUACUGAUAUUAGACUAAAUGGUUUACCGGUAAAUUUAGCUGUGCAAACUAUUGUAUCGUUAAGUCGUAAUCAAUCAAAUUUGAAUGGAAAAAUUUAUCAUAUUAUUCCAUCGGAUGAAGGAAUAUCAUUUCAAAAUAUAAUUGAAACUAUUCAGCAUUGCAAUGUUACAGUUGACAAUGUUUCAUACGAUCAAUGGAAAAUUCAACUAAUGAAACAAUCAACAAAAAAACAUUCAUUCGAAUCUAUUGGAGAAUUAUUCUCAAACAAUCCAUUUGAACAAAUAACAUCGAUAAAAUCAGCAACUGAUCAUGUAUUUCAAUUGACAUUUGCAUCUAUCGAUCAAGUUUAUAUUAUGAAAUGGUUAAAAUUUAUAUUGAAUAAUAUUGUUUAUCAAAAUGUUUCAUCUUCAUCCGAUAAUAAUUUCCCCGUGCUUUUCUAUACUGAAUAG